GGCAUCCUCUGGCUAUAAAAGAGCAAGGGAGAUUUUAAAACGUUUUUUCGGACAGUCUCACGUAAUUGCUCGAGAAACACUAGAGGACUUAUUCAGUGCUGUGAAUUUUGAGUAUAUUGACGGGGACCAACUAUCAAAUUUGGCUAUUAAAAUGGAAAACUGUGCCAUGGUCUUGGAACAGAUGAAUUAUACUUCUGAUCUAAAUUCCUUAGUUACCUUGGAAAGAAUAGUGAGACUUUUGCCUCAACCUAUGCAAGCCCAGUGGGCGGACUGGGUGGAUAAAUUGACUGAAGAUAACAGGGAACCGACCUUCGACGAGCUCACUCAGUUUAUCGCAUCGCGGGCGAGAGUGGCUUGUAGUAGAUUUGGACGGUUAGCAAACCGUUCAAGAAAAGGACAUAACGUGAGGACGAACUGUCACGUGCAAUCAGAGCAAGGGAAUAGUUCGACAACGAAAACUAAAUGCAGUAUGUGUUCCUACGACCAUGCCAUUGAUAAAUGUCCACAGUUCUUAGCGCUUACAGUUCAAGACCGAUGGUCUCACGCUAAAAGCAAGGGUAUCUGUUUCGCCUGUCUUAGACAAGGACAUAGAGUUAAUGAAUGUAAGCUGACAAAGCGCUGUAACGUUGAGGGUUGUGAAAAGAAACACCAUUCUUUGUUGCACAGCGAGAGUGAGAAACCUGGUAUCUCGAGUUGUUGCGGAUAUACUAAAUCACUAAUCAGUCAAGUGUGUUUAGGCAUGAUUCCCGUACGGUUGAAAUCGCGAAAAGCCGAGAUUGUGGGUUAUGCUCUGUUGGACAACGGUUCUGAUGUGACACUGAUAAAAUCAAACUGUUUGAGGUCUCUCGGGCUGAGCGAAGACGAAGCAUCAGUGGUAGUUGAGACUGUGGGCGGUAAUAGAUCAAUGAAGGUCACGAGUGCGCCUUUUGAGGUAUAUUCUUUAGAUCGAGCUGAACAUGUUACGAUUGAAGGAGCUCUGAUUGUGGCAGGUAUACCAGGCCAUAAGCCAACAAAGUCGGCAGUGAACAGCCUAGUUAAGUGGCCACAUUUAAGGGAUGUACCGAUAGUUAACUUAGACUCUGAAGAAGUUCUGCUGUUGAUUGGUUGCGACGUACCAGAAGCACACUGGGUGUUAGACCAGCGGUUGGGUGGGAGAAAAAGCCCGUACGCUGUGAAGACGUUGCUGGGUUGGACGGUCUUCGGACCUGCGUCGUAUCCGGAAUAUAGGAGAAGAGUGGUCAAUCAUACCAGUAAGAUACAGACCUUGGAGAACGAAAUACGUAAACUUUAUGAUGUAGAGUUUUCUGAUGUUUAUUCAAAUGAUAAAUCAGCAUCGCUAGAAGAUAAGGCGGCUAUAAGGAUUGUGGAAGAGGGCACACGCUUCGAAAAUGGUCAUUUUGUAGUUCCUAUACCAUGGAAAGUGAACCCAAAUAUGAAAGGGGGGAAUUAUGAAGUGGCAAGCAGUAGACUACAGAGUUUGAAGCGUAGAUUGUUGAAAGAUGACAUUCUGUAUAUCAAGUAUACAAAAGGUAUUGAAAGUAAUUUUAUUAAGGGCUAUGCGGAGGAGAUCCCUGAAAUACAAUUGCAACCUAGUUAUCGCCCCUGUUGGUACUUGCCCCACCAUGCGGUUAUAAACCCGAAAAAGCCAGAAAAACUGAGAGUGGUCCUUGACUGUGCCGCUAAGUUUGCGGGUGUUUCUCUAAAUGAUAUGAUUUAUCAAGGACCCGACACAACGGCUGAGUUAGUGUGUAUAUUAUUGCGUUUUCGCAAAGAAGCAAUCGCAGUCUCUGCGGAUGUUGAAGAAAUGUUCAUGCAAGUGAAGGUCCCUGAGUCUGAUCGAGGAGCCUUAAGAUUUCUGUGGUGGCAGGGGGGAGACAUGUCGAAAGAACCAUCCGAGUUUCAAAUGACAUCUCAUCCAUUUGGCGCCAUAUCAUCGCCGUUUUGCGCGAACUUUGCCUUGAAUAAGACGGCUCAAAUAUUCUCUGACGGUUAUGAUGGUUAUGUCGUAGAUGCUGUUAAGAAUAAUUUCUAUGUUGAUGACUGCUUGGUAUCUUUUCCCACUUGUGAUCAAGCAAAGAGUUUCGUCAAGCAGAUAAGUGAAUUAUUAUGUAGAGGUGGCUUCAAACUAAAGAAAUGGGUUACCAACUCAGAGGAGGUAAGGGCCAUCUUGCCUGAUGUAUGUAAAGAACAGUCCUUGAUAGAAAUGUCUACGGAUUACGACACUACUCAUCGAACCCUAGGUGUAGAAUGGGAUUUUAAACAAGAUGUAUUUAAGUUUUACUUUGAUGCACCGGAAAAACCUCUGACUAGGAGAGGUAUUUUAUCUAUAGUUUCUUCUCUGUUCGAUCCUCUGGGGCUGAUUGCUCCAGUCUGUCUUACUGCCAAACUUCUCUUGCAAAAAUUAUGUAGGUCCCAAAUAGGCUGGGAUCAGCCUCUCAACGAGCCAUACAUGUCCGCGUGGCUAGGCUGGGUAAGUUUUAUGCGUCAGAUAGGUCACGUCACGGUAGCUCGAGGUAUCAAGAGGAAAAUCGACGAACCCGACGCUAAAGUGGAAUUGCACUUGUUCAGUGAUGCUUCAGAGGUUGGUUACGGAGCAGUUGCGUACGCACGAGUCAGCUAUUUGAAGGAGCCACCAUAUUGUAUCUUGUUGUACAGCAAGUCUAGGGUAGCACCUAUCAGACAAGUCACUAUACCGAGACUUGAGAUGGCGGCAGCGGUGUUAAGUGUGAGGCUUAGUGAAGUAUUACGGAGAAGUCUGCCUAAUUUUUUCUGCGAAGUAAACUUCUAUACAGAUUCCAUGAUAGUGUUAUACUACAUUAAGAAUAUGGAGAACCGAUAUAGCACCUAUAUAGCCAACCGCCUCGCUGUGGUGCACCAGUAUACGAAGGUUGAACAAUGGAAUUAUGUAAAGUCGUCACAGAAUCCAGCUGAUUGGACAUCAAGAGGUAUACAAAAAAUGACUGAUCUGGAAUCUUGGUUCAAAUGUCCUACCUUACUGCAUGGCGAAUUCUGUACAACAAUCACUGACUGUCCGGAACCUACUCCUGACGAUAUUGAGUUUAGAAAAACUGCUGUGGUUAACUUGAGUAGUGUAAAGCACAACAUGUCACCUAUUCUCUCUUAUUACUCUGAGUGGUUGAAAUUAGUCAGGGCCAUAGCCUGGCUUAGAAGGUUCAUAGAAUUUCUGAUGGUGCUUCGUUCACCGAGUUAUGAAGGAUCCGUUCAUCUAGGGUAUUUAAAGGUCAAAGAACUUGACGUCGCCACGCGUAAAAUUUUGUUGAUGGUUCAGAAAGAAGUGUAUGGAGAAAUACUUAGUGGAUUUAAAACCAAUGGUAAAGUAGUUAGUCACAAUGAUCUGAAGGGCUUAUCACCGAUAAUGCUUGAUGGGUUACUCUGUGUUGGAGGCCGACUAAGCUACUCAGAUUUCUCAAAUGCCUUUAAACAUCCAAUAAUAUUGCCCAGUCGACACUUAGUGACAGAAAUGAUAAUUAGACAUUAUCAUAAGGAACAAGGGCACACAGGAACGUCACAAGUACUGGCCACGAUUCGAAAAAGGUAUUGGAUAAUAAAAGGAACCAGCACGGUUAGGAGAGUGAUAGGAAAGUGUGUGACAUGCCGGCGGUAUACGAUGGUUACAGGGCAACAAUUGAUGGCACCACUUCCAGCUUGUAGAGUGCAACAAGGAUGGUAUAGCUUCUCAGCCGUGGGAGUAGACUACUUUGGACCCCUUUUUGUCAAAAGAGGAAGAUCACUAGAAAAAAGAUAUGGAUGUGUAUUUACUUGCUUGCAAACCCGAGCAGUACAUAUUGAAAUGACACAUAGUUUGAAUACUGACUCGUUUAUAAUGGCCUUGCUACGUUUCAUUGGAAGAAGAGGGAAACCUGCCGAAAUUUACAGUGACAAUGGAUCAAAUUUCGUGGGUGCGGUCUCUGAAUUAAGGAGGUUUGUGCAACAGUUGAAUCAACAGAAAAUAGACAAAGAACUGUCAGCUAGACAAAUUCAAUGGCAUUUUAACCCGCCCUCAUCCAGCCACAGGGGUGGAGUUUGGGAAAGGAUGAUUAGGUCCAUACGCCGACUUUUAUUGUUGAUAACUAGAGAGCAGACUUUAACCGAUGAGACUUUAAACACUUAUUUGAUCGAGAUUGAAAGGAUAUUGAACGAUCGACCCUUAACUCCGGUCGUUCAAGAUGCUAACGAUAAACUAGCCUUGUCGCCAAAUAGUUUGUUAUUAUUGAGAGAAUGUGACGGAAUAGUCGAAGAAGGUAGCAUCAGAGAUAAAUAUGACAAACGUUGGAAACAGAUUAAUCAUCUUGCUAAUGUGUUUUGGAAAAGGUGGUUAAGAGAGUAUUUACCGUCCCUACAAAAGCGUCAAAAGUGGUUAGUUGAACACCGCAAUUUCCAGAAAGGGGAUGUAGUGAUCGUAGCUUCGGACAUAUCGACUCGUGGAAAAUGGCCCUUGGGCGUAGUUGAAGAUUGUGAAAUAGAUGACGACGGAAGAGUUAGAACAGUGGUUGUUCGUACGAACGGUGGAUUAGUCAGGAGAGAUAUACGUAGAUUAUGCCUCCUUGAAGGCUCGAAUUAGUUCCUCGUGUUAUCUAUAUAGGUAGGUCGAGUAGGCGUACUGUUGUAAGUCCUACUCGUUCCUAUAGUGUGAUAUGCUACAUAAUGAACCAUGACCAUAGGCAUCAAGGUAGCUUGUGUGAUAUGGAGGGAUUUUGGGGGCCGGUGUAAGAUCCAUUUUGAAUGCCUUGUGUGUUUAUGAAAAUCCCUCCAUGUAUGUACUUGCACUUUGUUCCUAUUGAUCUUCUUAGUUGUACAUUGUUAACUUUUGGACUACAUUUGAAUUGUUAAUAUUUGUAUUUUAUUAUAGUUUUCGUUUUUACCACACCUUCACUAAUUCCCCAUGUUUCUUCCCGAACUGCACUUAUGUUGUUUUACUUUAUACUAAGUCUGGGCGGCAGCCAUUUUGGUUUAUCCCUGCUUUUGAUUGCUUGACCUGUGUUGACUGGAAUUGUGCAUUUUGGUUGUGAAUUGAAGCACUCUUCCAGAAUUGAAAACACUCUGUGUUAUAGAGCGACCAAUUAUUACCUUUUGAACGAAUCUGUACGUGAUCUAUCCAGUCAGGAUAGAAUAACAUUUAUUUGUGGUGAUUGGUAAUUUUCUUGCAUUCUUUAUCAACUUUCUUAUUUAUUGUAGUUUAGAUUUGAUCAAUUAAACAAUUAUUGGUUGGAUAGCUGUGUGGUUAUAUUUGUUUAGGUAAUGAUGUAUACUUAAAUUUAUGAUAAAUUAUAGAACCGCUAUCUUACCCGAUUACCUUGUUCUGAUUUCAAACGGGCAAGGGCGCGUAUCCAACUUAUCCAAGCAGCUGUCCAGCAGUCCAAACGUGGUUUGGAUCCUAUA